UCCUGAAACUGUUCAUGAUCCUUUUUCUUCAUUCAUUCUCCUAUAUAAACUCCUUGGCUCCUCUUCCCAUUACAGAAUCUCACAACAUUCAUAACCUUAAAACAAUCAAUCAUCAUCAACCUUAAACCAUGCUUAAUCCAAGUGAUCAUGAUCUUACAGGAAUUCAAUAUCUUGCAUCCCAAAACCCUAUUCAAUACUCCCCUAAUAAUCUUGAAUUCAUGCACCAAAUUACCAACUCGCCAACUUUCCAUUUCAACAGACUAUUAAACAACUUCUACAACAACCCUAAUUACCUCCAAGCACCUGUUCAGGACUUGACGGGGGCUCAGCAGUCUUCGAGCAACAAUUCAACUUCCGACGAAGCGGAGGAUACCCAAAUGAUCGGCAUAAUCGACGAGAGGAAGCAGAGAAGAAUGAUUUCUAACAGAGAGUCUGCUCGCAGGUCAAGAAUGAGAAAACAGAAGCAUCUCGAUGAGCUGUGGGCUCAAGUUGUUCGUCUUCGGAACGAAAAUCAUAAACUGAUGGAUAAACUGAAUCAUGUAUCUGAGUCUCAUGAUCUUGUUCUUCAGGAGAAUUCAAAGCUUAAAGAAGAGGCUUCUGAUCUUAGACAAAUGCUCACUGAUCUGCAAAUUGGUAGUCCGUUUACUGUCGGUGCUUUACGGGAUCUUGAAGAGGUGAUACCAUGCAACACAGCUCAUCUUAGAGCUGAAUCUACAAAUUUAUCGAUCUCUAGUUCAGUAGAUUUGCUUCUUUAAAUAUGGAAACGGAGAGAGAAUUAUGCUUUUUUUUUGUUGGAGCAAAAUAAGUAGUUUUUCUGUUCUUGGUUUUGUUGUAUUUGAUCAGAAAGAGACUGCUAUAAAUAACAGCUUUUCGUCAUUCGAAUAA